GGACACUUUGGUUACUUAAAUGACCGUCAGAGGAUCUCAAAGUAAAACCUUUCGAUUUUAUCGACAGACGACACAUGUCAAAAUAGCGGUGCGACCGUUUGCAGUGCAUAUAAAUAAUUUUUUCAGCGUGUUAGUUAUAAGUAAGCCUGAACAAAAAUGAAGCUUUUAACCCAUAACAUGUUGACGUCAAAAUGUUUGAAAGGCGUUACAGUAGGAUACCCUUUAGCGAUUGUGGCCAAGGAUAUCAAGGUUUCAGAAGUUGAUUUCAAUUCCGAAUUCAUCGCCAGAAUUAUUCCCAAAUUAGAUUGGGCCACCCUGUGGAAAGCAGCUGAGAGCAUUGGUCAUGUUGGUGAGCUACCACAGACACUUGUGGAAGAUUUUGAAGAAAAUGAAGAUUUCCUUAAAAAAGUCCAUCACAUUUUGUUAGAAGUUGAAGUGAUAAAUGGCGACUUGCUGUGCCCUGAGUCAGGAAGAAAGUUUCCAAUAAAUGACGGGAUCCCAAAUAUGUUACUCAAUGAAGAUGAAGUGUAGAAAUAAGCUGUAGUCAUAUAUAUUCCUACCAAAAAUCUUGACAAGAUCGUACAUUGAUGGAAUAUCGAUAACUUUUUCAUUAAAAAAUCCUUGUACAUUGCCACUUUAUUCAAUAUUACUAUUAGUUUAGAAAAACAAGUCGAUAUUACAUUUCAACCGUUUAAUGAUGAAUAGUCUUCUCUGUCUAUAGAAAAUUCUAUAUAGAAUAUAGAAUAUGCGAUUUAAAGAGAUACCUAUUACUAUAACUAAUGCCUCAGUCAUUUAUAGAUGCAUCUAAAGGAAUUCGCAUUUAAAAGUGUUCAAAAGAUCAGCAUUUAUUUAUAUUUCAGUAGAAUAUAUGUAUAUUCUUGCAAGAAUUUUUGUUCAAACUAUUUUGGCGCUAUUGUCAAUUUACACGUGUCUCUUAUAAUAAUUCUACGUACUUCACGUAAUUAUCUUUAAUUGCAGUCAUUGUAAAUUUUGUAGUAAAUAGAU